AUGCUGCCCAUAGCGCCGCGGAGGUUCCUGGAAAGUGAAGCAGUGGCCGGAAACCUGGACAGUCGCUGCAGCCACAGCACUCCCUCGUCCAAGGAUCGGGGGGGCCCACGGAGCUGCUGCGUCCUCUCAGAACAGGCUGCAGCUCUGCCCGGGAUCCUGGCCUGGCAGAGCCAGACCCUGAUCGCCUAUAUUGGCCUGUGCUGUUGGUCCCUGCACCCUGAGUUCCUGGGGACCUUCACACAGUACUCGAUACGGUUGGUACGUAAUACACGUUCACUGGAUGGUGGUCCAGACAGUCCUGUGAUCCCCGUGGAGCCGCUGGGCCUCAGUGAGGUGGGGUUUGGGGCCAGUGAAAUGGAAGAGGUGACCCUGAGCUGCCUGGCUGCAGCCAGCCCCCCCAGCCGCUAUGUGUGGCUCCGUGACCACACUCAGGGCCACGCUGGACCCACCUACAUCGUCGUCAGUGCCGGCUGCGCCCACACAGGCCUAUACACCUGCCUGGCCCGCAGCAGCUGCCCGGACACCCGUGCACAGAGCAGCGGCCGGCGCACCAUCUACUAUGCCCCCGAGGGGCAGCCCUCCUGUACUGUACUCCCCACCCUUGGGGCACUGACUCUGGUCUGGUCUGCAGGGCUUCCGGCUGCCCAGCUGCAGUGGGACGGGCCCCGGGGAACUGGCCCUGCUGCCCUCAGCAAUGUCGCCUGCAGUCACGCAGCCACCCAGCUCCCCAGCAGCAGUGUCUUCACCUGAACCAGCCGGCACCCAGCCCCGGCUCUGCCUGCCCUCUGCGGAUCACGCCUUUGGGAGCCCCUCUGGAGCCCCACCUGCUGGACCAUGGCCACAAUCAGAGACCAGUCCAUCAUGCUGAGCUGUGAGUGGCCUGGGCCCCCUGCUGUGCCGAGCUGGCCUGACGGACGGCAGCCGACCUCGGGCACCAGCAGCCGCUCCUCGUUGGCCGUCCACAUCCUCCAGGCCCAGGACGAUCUGGCUGGCAGAGAGAUCACGUGCCUGGGCACUCACCCACUCAGGGUCCCCAACGCCCUCUGCCGGCUCCAGCUGGAAGCCCCACAGCUGGCAGUGGCUGAGCCCUGGGUGUCAGUGCUGGGGUGGGGAGACGCCUGGCUGGGAUGUGCCCUCCUGGGGGGCACGCAACCUGCCCAGCUCCUCUGACUGGGACCCCAGCAACGGCAGGUGGAGCCAGGCACUUCGGGGUUCAUGCUACACCCUGAGGGUGCCCAGCUGCGCCUGAGUGUCCGGGAUGCCCACCCAGCACGCCACAGUGGCACCUACCAGUGCAAGGCCGGAAAUGCCUUGGGCAACAGCAGUCGGAGCGUCCUGCUGUAGGUGCUGAGUGGGCGCGCGCACGCCGUCAGCCGCCUGACCUACGGGAGACGCCAGAGCGAGGUGCAGCUGCCGUGGGCCGUCCAAGGCCCGGGGACACGCAGGGCAUCUCUUCCUGGGGCUUGGGAGACCGCAGCUGGUGACAUCGAGCCAGAGAGCAGGGGCCGGCGGCCGCGGGGCUUGGACCCGGGGGUCCUCUAUGCCUUCCACGUCCUGGCUCUGAAUCACCGCACAGCUGGACACCCCUCUGAGGUGAAGACACCAGGUACCGUAAGGCUAGCGCCCGGACGCCCCCCCUUCAGCGCCUAUCCUGCAGUGCUGGAUGCGGCAGGCACAGGAAUGGUCGUGGCAACGGUGACCUCUCUGCUGGUGUUCCAGUAUGCUGCCCGGCACCUGGACACCUUCCCCUACCUGUGUUGGUUGCUCAAGAAAUGCACCUCUUCCUUUUCUUCCUACCGGCCUUGGGCGGUUGCCUGUUCCCAGGCACUGAACCACUACCCACCACCCCAGGUUCGCAUCCUGCACAAGAAUCCACGGAGGCUCCAGUAA